UACUUAACUCACAUCCAAAGGCAACACAGACCCCACUGUUCUAAAUUUCCCAUUCGGCUAACAUCAUUUUUCUGAUUUUUUUUGGCGUCAAAUUAAUAUUUUAUUAGAGGGACCCUGUGAUUGCGCGGACAGCUAAUCCGAAAUCCUUUGAAGAUGUGCGACAAACCAGCCUGCCCCCCGCCCCCUCGGUGCUGUCCUCCGCCACCGCCUCCCUGUCGUCCGCCUCCCACCUUGUGGCAGAAGUUGAACUGCGUUCCGUGCAACCGAUUCGUGUUCUUCAUGAUCGGGGCGGGCAUCGGAUUAUACUGGGACCAAAUGAAGAAGGAGGCCAAGAAGGCGGCCGAGGAGGCCCAGAAGUCGCCCAAGGAGAAGGAGAAGGAGGCCAAGGAGCGCGAGAAGAAGCAGAAGGAAAAGGAGAAGGCUGACAAGGAGAAGGCGGAGAAGGAGAAGAAAGAAAGGGAGAAGAAGGAGAAGGAGAGCAAGGGCAAGGAGAAGGGUAAAGAGAAGGGCAAGGAGGGCAAGUAACGGAAGUUAAGGAUGGGCCCCCAAACGGCGAUGUCAAGGAGCAGGAUGCUUUCCCUCAAAUUUCGAAUCUAAUCACAUCGUUUCUACACUUCAAAAAUUUCAAGUGCAUUAUAUGGCCUACUUAACGAUUACUAUUGAUCAAGUAACAAGAUCGGAUGGAAAGUUUAACUGGAGAAAAGAAAUGGCUUUGCGAAAUUUGGAUAACCAUAUAGGGCUUAAAAAUAUACAGCACCCUAAAAUUUAAAA